CUAGAGAAUGACGCAGAGGCUCUCUCUGCCUCCCAGUGGCUAAGCAUACGGCUUCUGCUACAUUCUCAGCCCCAGAGUGAAGAGCUGAUUUGGAGUUUGAAACAUGGUAGAGCAAUGCACUACUCUGAUGCUGCUGGAUGGGCUUGUAGGGUUGUCGAUUCCAGCAACAUGCCCCAAAGCACUGUGCUUUACUAUGCUGCCUCCUUUGAAGUAACCUGGGGAGUGGCAAGGAAAUAAUUCUGCGGUCCCGCUGAGGAUAGCGUGAGCAACUGAAUUAACAGCACUUCAGUUCCUUCACCUGAUGGGCUCUGGGAUGCGUACUUCUGACAUAGUUAGUUCAGGGGACAAUUGCUCUUCUCUCUGUUGUGCAUAGACGCUUGAGAUCCAUUUGGAUACAGUUGUUUCCCCUACUUGGAGAAAUGACCAGUACAGAAGAAGCAGGAUGAAAAGAUGGCCGACUUCUUGUUACAACCGGGUUCUAAUAGCUUCCACCGGUUCACACUUGAAUCCUUGGCUGCUAUUGAGAAGCGAAUUGCAGAGAAACUUGCAAGGAAUGCCAAGCAGGAGUACAGAGAUCAGACAGAUGAUGAAGAAAAGCCUCGGCCUCAGUUUGACUUACAAGCUUGCAAAAAGUUGCCUGGUAUCUAUGGGACUCUUCCUCCAGAGCUCAUUGGGGAACCACUGGAGGAUCUCGACCCUUACUACAGUGACCACAAGACAUUUAUAGUACUGAACAAAGGGAAGACAAUCUUUCGAUUUAGUGCCACUCCUGCCUUGUAUAUACUUAGUCCUUUCCAUCCAGUCAGAAGAGCAGCAAUUAAAAUUUUGGUACAUUCAUUGUUCAGUAUGUUUAUUAUGUGCACUAUUUUAACCAACUGUGUGUUCAUGGCACAAUCGGAGGUUCAAUCAUGGAAUAAAUAUGUUGAGUACACUUUCACUGGCAUUUACACUUUUGAAUCAUUGAUAAAAAUACUGGCAAGAGGAUUUUGUAUGACAGAAUUCACCUUCCUUCGAGAUCCAUGGAAUUGGCUGGAUUUCAGUGUCAUUGUUAUGGCAUACAUAACUGAAUUUGUGGACCUGGGCAAUGUCUCAGCCUUACGAACAUUCAGAGUUCUUCGGGCGCUGAAAACAAUCUCAGUCAUUUCAGGAUUGAAGACCAUCGUAGGUGCACUUAUCCAGUCUGUUAAGAAACUUGCUGAUGUGAUGAUCCUGACCGUUUUCUGCUUGAGUGUCUUUGCCCUGAUAGGCCUCCAGCUCUUUAUGGGCAAUUUGAGACAUAAGUGUGUCAGGAACUACACCGAAUUUAACUCUACCAAUGGCACAUUUUAUUCAGGCGUUCAGAAGUGGAAUUCCUUGGAUGAUUUUCUUAAUGAUCCAGAAAACUACUUCAUAAAAAAUGGCACUUCGGACGCACUACUCUGUGGCAACAGCUCAGACGCUGGCACCUGUCCAACGGGAUAUAGAUGCCUAAAGGCUGGUGAAAAUCCUGAUCAUGGCUAUACAAGCUUUGAUACUUUUGGCUGGGCCUUUCUCUCUUUGUUCCGCCUGAUGACACAGGAUUGCUGGGAGCGUCUCUAUCAACAGACUCUGAGAUCUGCUGGGAAGAUCUACAUGCUCUUUUUUAUGCUGGUCAUCUUCCUGGGCUCAUUUUAUCUGAUCAACUUGAUCCUGGCUGUAGUGGCCAUGGCUUAUGAAGAGCAGAACCAAGCCACUAUUGCUGAAACAGAGGCAAAGGAAAGGAAGUUUCGGGAAGCCAUGGAAAUGUUAAAGAAAGAGCAGGAGGCACUGGCUGCUAGAGGAAUUGAUUCAAUGUCACUUAGCUCAUUUGAAAUGUCACCUUUAGCAUCCAAAAAUGCCAAAGAGAGAAGAAAUAGGAGAACGAAAAAGAGGUCCUUGGGGGUAGAAGAUUAUGGGGAAGACCAAAAGGUUCCCAUAUCUGAGUAUGAUUGUGGUCAGCGAAGAAUGACUCUCCUUGACAUUAGCUAUGGUCCAAAUGCAAACUCAGUGAAGCGCAGAACCAGCCAUGGAAGUAUAUUCAGUUUCCGAUUCCGUGGCAGAGACAUUGGCUCCGAAACAGAUUUUGCCGACGAUGAGAUCAGCACUGCCGGGGAAAAUGAAAGCCAGCGUGGCUCACUCUUAAUUCCAAGGACUGGGAGACGUUCAAGCAUGCAAAGUCAAGCAAGCCAUAGCUCUCACCCUCCUACUCCAAACUACAUGCAGAAUGGCAAGAGGAACAGCUCGGUGGAUUGCAAUGGUGUGGUUUCCUUGAUAGGAGGAGGCACCGGGGCUCACAACCCAGAUGCAACAUCUCCUUCAGGGUUACUGCUGCCCCCAGUUAUUAUGGAAAACCCUGGGACAAGCGACUUGACCUCUCCAUCUGAUGAGGCAAGCAAAAAGCAGCUUUUGAUGCCCCACCGCCUUUCAGUGGACCAUUAUGACCAGCCAUUUCAAAGACAACGAGCAGUGAGUGCAGUCAGUAUCAUUACCAGUGCCAUGGAAGAGCUUGAGGAAUCACAACAGCGAUGUCCUCCAUGCUGGAAUCAUUUUGCCGUUAAAUUUCUCAUUUGGGAUUGCUCUCCAUUGUGGUUGUUUAUCAAGAAACAUGUGAAGUUUGUGGUAAUGGAUCCAUUUACUGACCUCACGAUCACCCUUUGCAUUGUGAUGAAUACUCUCUUCAUGGCAUUGGAGCAUUACAAGAUGACAAAGGAGUUUGAUAACAUGCUUUACAUAGGCAAUCUGGUCUUCACUGGGAUUUUUACAGCAGAAAUGAUCUUCAAAAUAAUUGCCUUAGAUCCCUACUACUAUUUUCAGCAGGGCUGGAAUAUUUUUGACAGUAUAAUUGUUAUCCUAAGCCUAAUGGAACUGGGUUUAUCCAGCAUGGGAAAUCUGUCUGUUUUACGCUCAUUCAGAUUGCUGAGAGUCUUCAAAUUGGCAAAGUCCUGGCCAACCUUAAAUACUCUCAUUAAAAUCAUUGGUAACUCAGUGGGUGCCCUGGGUAACCUCACCCUGGUUCUGGCGAUCAUAGUCUUUAUUUUCGCUGUGGUAGGAAUGCAGCUUUUUGGAAAAGACUACUUAAUAAAAGUCAGCAAGAUAAGCCCUAAUAACAAUUUGCCCCGCUGGCACAUGAACGAUUUCUUCCAUUCAUUCCUUAUUAUAUUCCGAAUUCUCUGUGGAGAAUGGAUUGAAACCAUGUGGGAUUGUAUGGAAGUAGCUGGACAACCAUUGUGCCUUCUCGUCUUCUUGCUGGUCAUGGUGAUAGGAAACCUAGUGGUGCUCAACCUGUUCCUUGCCUUGCUACUGAGUUCUUUUUGUGCUGACAACCUUUCAGCACCGGAUGAAGAUGGAGAGAUGAACAAUCUACAGCUCGCUUUUGCUCGGAUCAACAGGGGGCUUCAGUAUGUGAAAAAUACAACAUGGGAUUUCUGUUGUAAUUUACUUAGGCAUCCGAAGACGACAGCUGAAAAGAAGGCAAUGAUUAAACUUGCUGCCCAGAACACAGGUGUCCUUCACAACUAUGUGAAUAACCAUACCACUGCAGAGAUUGGUAAAGAUGUGGAGAACCACAAAGAGAACCAUGUUGAUGAUGGGACUGACAAAAAUGGGCAGAAACUCCCAGUGAUUAGUGACAAUGAUGAUUUUCUAACCAACCCUGACCUGUCCAUCUGUGUUCCCAUUGCUAUGGGGGAGUCUGAUAUUGAAGAUCAAGAAGAUGAUGAGGAGCAGAGCACAUUCACAGAAAUGGAACAGCAGGAAAAACAGCUGCAACUAAAGGGGCAGCAAUGCAAAAGCCCAGGAGUCCGGAGUCAGACCUCUGAGAUUUGUGAAGAGUUAAGUGAGUUGUACGUGGAUAAGCAAUUGAAGGCUGAGCUGUCACCAGCACCACCACCACCACCACCACUACUAGGGCAAAAAGAGCUUGAUGAAAUCAGUCUCUCUGAAGGCAGCACAGUGGAUUUGGGAAAUUCUGCAGAGCUACUGGAACAGAUCCCCGAGCUGGCUGAUGAUUUAAUGGAACCUGAGAACUGUUUUCCAGAAGUCUGUGUCCGAUUCUUCCCUUGCUGUUCAGUGGACACCACAACAUUUUCAGGCAAAAUUUGGUGGAGGCUGAGGAAAACCUGCUACAGAAUAGUUGAACACAACUGGUUCGAAACUUUCAUCAUAUUCAUGAUCCUGCUGAGCAGCGGCACGCUGGCAUUUGAAGAUAUUUACCUUGAAGAGAGAAAAAACAUUAAAACCCUGUUGGAAUAUGCUGACAAAAUUUUCACUUACAUCUUUGUCCUGGAGAUGCUUCUGAAAUGGGUGGCUUAUGGCUUCAAGAAAUAUUUCACCAAUGCCUGGUGUUGGCUUGACUUCCUAAUUGUAGAUGUCUCUUUAAUAAGCCUCAUAGCUAACUCACUUGGAUACUCCGAAAUGGGUCCUAUUAAAUCCCUUAGGACUCUCCGAGCUUUGAGACCAUUAAGAGCAUUGUCACGAUUUGAAGGGAUGAGGGUGGUUGUGAAUGCCCUGUUAGGCGCCAUCCCUUCCAUCAUGAACGUUCUGCUCGUCUGCCUCAUUUUCUGGCUCAUUUUUAGCAUCAUGGGAGUGAACCUGUUUGCAGGAAAGUUUGGAAAAUGCAUUAACAAGACAGCAGGAGAUAUGCCUUUAGACUCUAAAGUUAUUAAUAACAUGAGCGAGUGCAUACUCUAUAACGUGACAGGCAAUUUUUACUGGACAAAAGUUAAAGUCAACUUUGAUAACGUUGGUGCUGGUUACCUGGCUCUUCUACAGGUGGCAACAUUUAAAGGUUGGAUGGACAUUAUGUAUGCAGCAGUAGAUUCACGAGGGCAAAGCAACUUCAAGCAAGAAACUUACAAAUGCAGGCCCACCCAAACCAAGUGUGAGGAUCAACCUGAAUGGGAAUAUAAUUUAUACAUGUACCUCUACUUUGUGAUUUUCAUCAUCUUCGGGUCUUUCUUCACAUUGAAUCUCUUCAUAGGCGUCAUUAUUGACAAUUUUAACCAACAAAAGAAAAAGUUAGGUGGGCAAGACAUCUUUAUGACAGAGGAACAGAAAAAGUAUUAUAAUGCAAUGAAAAAACUGGGCUCCAAGAAACCCCAAAAACCCAUCCCAAGGCCACUGAACAAAUACCAAGGUUUUAUCUUUGACGUAGUCACCAAACAAGCCUUUGAUGUCUCCAUCAUGAUUCUCAUCUGCCUUAACAUGGUCACCAUGAUGGUGGAAACAGAUGACCAGAGUCUAGAAAAAGUGAACAUCCUUCAUAAAAUCAACAUGCUCUUCGUUGCCAUCUUCACAGCAGAAUGCAGCAUCAAAAUGUUGGCUUUAAGACACUACUAUUUCACCAAUGGCUGGAACAUAUUUGAUUUUGUUGUUGUGAUUCUAUCCAUUGUGGGUACCGUGCUUUCUGACAUCAUUCAACAAUAUUUUUUCUCUCCUACACUCUUCAGAGUCAUUCGCUUGGCUCGGAUUGGCAGGGUCCUAAGACUUAUACGGGGAGCCAAAGGAAUUAGAACUCUCCUUUUUGCCUUAAUGAUGUCCCUUCCUGCUCUGUUCAACAUUGGUCUCCUUCUUUUUCUGGUCAUGUUUAUUUAUGCCAUUUUUGGAAUGGCUAACUUUGCCUAUGUUAAAAAGGAGAAUGGGAUUGAUGACAUGUUCAACUUCCAAACCUUCGCUAACAGCAUGCUCUGUCUUUUCCAAAUUACAACCUCAGCUGGCUGGGACGGUCUUCUCAAUCCUAUUUUAAACACUGGACCGCCAUAUUGUGAUCCGAACCUAAAAAAUGCAAAUGGUUCGAAGGGAGACUGUGGAAGCCCUGCUGUAGGGAUUCUAUUCUUUGUUACUUAUAUCAUUAUAUCAUUUCUCAUUGUUGUAAACAUGUACAUAGCCAUUAUUUUAGAGAACUUCAGCGUAGCCACUGAGGAAAGUACAGAGCCUCUAAGCGAAGAUGACUUUGAUAUGUUUUAUGAAAUCUGGGAGAGGUUUGAUCCUGAAGCGACUCAAUUUAUUGAGUAUUCUGUGCUUUCAGACUUUGCAGAUGCUCUGGCAGAACCUUUACGCAUAGCAAAACCAAACAAUAUUAAACUCAUAGCCAUGGACCUUCCCAUGGUCAGCGGAGAUAGGAUCCACUGCUUGGAUAUUUUAUUUGCUUUUACCAAACGGGUACUAGGAGAAACUGGGGAAAUGGAUGCCCUUAAAAUACAGAUGGAGGAAAAGUUUAUGGCUGCCAAUCCAUCUAAAAUUUCUUAUGAACCAAUCACAACCACACUCAGACGGAAACAAGAGGAGGUUUCUGCCAUUAUUAUCCAGAGGGCCUACAGGAGUCAUUUGUUUCAACGCUCCUUGAAGCAGGCCUCUUUCUUAUACCGUCACCAGGCUUGUGAUGGCAACAUGCUUGAAGAUGAGGCACCUGAGAAAGAAGGUCUCAUUGCAUUCAUGAUGAAUGAAAAUUAUGGUAGGCCAAUAGACAAAUCAGAAACUGUGUCCUCAACAUCUUUCCCUCCAUCCUAUGACAGUGUCACCAGAGCCACUAGUGACAACCUCCAGCUAAAGGUGACAGACUCUAGCAAAAGUGAUGAACCUGUAUAUUAUCUGCUAUCUCCGGACAGAGAUAAAGAAUCAAUUGUCUAAAUGUUUGUUUAGAAUGCUUUAAAAUAUUGUUUACAGAAUGUAAUGCUGUAACUACACAACAAUUGAAGCAGCCUUCUUAUUAAAUAUUAGUUGCAAAAUAAACAAUGGAGUUUUUACCCUUAACUAUGGGAGUCGAUAAGUUAUAACCUUUGACCCUGCUCUUUUCACCAUUGCUCAAUGUUUAUAUAUGCACAGGAAGAAUCUAUGCAGGGUCAUAGCUGUUAUAUCAGUGGUGUGAUUAUGAAUCUGCUAGACUGUAAAACAGUAAACACAGUGUAUAUCUAUCCACAGAUAAAGCCAGGCUGUAAACAUUCAUUUAAGGUCUUACUCAUAUUAGUGUGUUUACUUAUGGCAAUGUAUGACCUUGCAUUCUAAAAAGAAAAAAAAUAUAUCACAGCUGCUGUAGCAAAAUGUAACACUUACUGUAUAUGUUGUCAAUGGUCUUUCAUAAAUUUAUUAUAUUUGAUAUUUUUUUACUUAAAUCAAAUAAUUGUCUCUUUUUCCAUGGAGAUAGAUGAUCCUUACAGCCGACAUGUUAAACUCUGAACCAAGGUAACAAUAAUUGGUGGGACUCCCGUCAGUCGCAGAGGAAAGUUGUUGCAAAAUAAAAUAUUUAAUCAACAACAUAUAACUAUUUAUUACACUAUGACCUCCCCUUUGGGACAUGUAACUGCUUGUCAUCAGUAAUACAAAAUAAAAAUGAGGCGGAAGAAAGUGAUGUCAAAUAAUAAAGAGAGAAAUGGCUUGUUCUACCCUACAGGAAAUCAGACAGUAAUGGAUGCUGCUUGUAAAACAAUUAAUAAAAAUACUAAUUUUUUUAGUAUGUUUCAAGAAUAUGCUUUGCUUGUUGUAAUCAAACUCUUAGAAAUAGGUUAUGACCCUGUAAUCUGAUGUAAAGUGCCCCAAAGCACUAUGUAUCCAGAUAGAUUUUCUGUUAAGUGAGUGGGAUAGGAUGUUUUCUCCAAUGACAUGGAGCGAAGCAUGCUUAAUAUAAUAUAUGGAGAUAUACCUAUAUCUCAUAGAGCUGGAAGGGACCUUGAAAAAUCAUUGAGUCCAGCCUCCUGCCUGCCUUCACUAGGCAGGACCAAGUACUGAUUUUGCCCCACAUCCCUAAAUUGCCCCCUCAAGGAUUGAACUCAUAAUCCUGGGUUUAGCAGGCCAAUGCUCAAACCACUGAGCUAUCCCGCCCCCUUACUGCAAGUUCUAUGCAUCAAUAUUACUCUCUAAUGCUUUGAUGCAGGUUGUGCAGUGCAGGAGGGUUGUUACAGUGUUAUCAAUGGGGUGGGAGGGUCUGUACAAAAGUUCUGAUAUAUAGAAUCCCUUCUGGGUUUCUAUCUUUCACUUUACUGGAGGCUGUGUUUAGAUUACUGGGGAACCUUCCUUUUUGCAGGCAGGCAGAGGAAUAGUUGCAUGUGAAAUACCAAUCAGUCACAGGCCAAACAUAUGACAGCAGUGGGGUCCCAUUAUAAGUGCUUUAGGAAUAGACAUUUUUAGUGGUUUUAUACUGUAAAAAAAAUUUAAUUUAUUAUCAACCUUCCAGCCUUGGCAAAAUGUGAGGAAGUGUCUGUGGAAUAUAAAGAGACAAGUCAAUGGUUACAGAAAAGCCCUCUCUUUGUUAUUUUCAAAUAUGAUGGUACUUGGGUUUGGUGCGUCUUCAUGGGAGGUCUUGCCUGAGAAGGCUGUAAUGAGCGAUUGCACCACAAGGAAUAGUAGCCAUGUUUUUCACCUUGCAGAAAAAGAAUUAUCAAGAAUGUAUUUAAAGUGUACUGCAGUUGACAUUUAGUUACAUUCUGGAUUAUAAAGGUGUCAAAAUCCACGUGGGGUUGUUACUGAGAAUCUUAGCUAUCCAGCAACAAGACCAUGUUACAAUGAAAUUUUCCUGUUACCACAUCAUCUGUUGACAAAAUGAGUCAGAAUAUGUGAAGAAAACACAUAAAAUAAUAUGACUACAUAUAUGUUAAUGAAUUUUUCUUCAUCCAAUGAGAGGUGUCUCAGGCAUUCAGUUUUGUGAGUGGUCGAUUGGUUAUUCGGGGGACUUGAUGUCAGGUCUGUUCCUGAUUCUUGCUGUGUGAUUUUUAGGUAAAUAAUUUAACCUCUCUGUGCCUCAGUUUACCCAUCUAUAAAAUGGGGAUAAUAAUACUUAUCUACCUCACCGGAGUGUUGUAAGACUUAAUUAAUGGCUGCAAAGCACUCUGAGGGUGAAAGACACUCUGUAAGUAUUAUUAUAAUCAUUCUCUCUUUCCCCCUAACCCCCUCUUUAUGGUGUACACCAUAGAGAUUUUCCUUCUGGGAUUUUGUUGCCUUUGAAUCUUGUAUGUAAUUAGAUUCCAACUUAAGGAAACUACUCCAAAUGUGUUUUUCAGAGUGGAAUUUCUCCCUCCCCCAAUAAAUUUUGCUCAUGACUUCUCAAGUUAGAGAACCUUUCCACAGAUUCCUUGUGUAAUUUAUGCUGUAAUAUUAUACUGAUUGUACAUAUAACCCAGAAAGAAUAUGUGAUAUUUUAUAUUUAUAUGUGUGUAUCAUGCAAGUUUUUAGAAUGGUUGACACUCAAACAACAUGACUUACUGAUUAAAUUUUUUUCUCUUGAAAGAGAAUUAUUGAUCAUUAGAAACGAGCUGCUGCCUCUAACUGAACGAAAUAGGAAAUACACAUACAUGCCAAACAAAACCACAUUUAUUAAUUGACAACUAGUAGGAUUAUUUUCUUUUCAAAAUUGAAGAACAAAAUGGAGGAGGAAAAAUGCUAAUUGAAUGGGUAUUGCUCAUCUAAUUUCUUAAUAUACAAAAAAAAUCCUAUUUUUAGACCAAAGACUGAAUAGCUUACAUGAUGCGGUGAUAGGUUGUUCACAUUAUUUUGUUAUUAUUUUUAAUUAUUUGUUACUUGAUUUAGCAGAUAUAUUAAAAUGUAACUUCUUAAUAUACUAUAAAUAACACCGAAGCCAAAUAAUAGAAUGCUGUGAUAAAAAAAUUAGCUGGCUACUGAUUAUAUUACAGGAAAGCUCUUCCAGCAAUCAGUGGACCCCUGAGAUGAGCAUCAUUUUAAUUACUGCAAGACCCUACCAUAUCAAUACAAUUGCAAACUAUACUAUGUUGUACCCCAAAGCUGUAAAAAAGUGAGUCUGAAAGAGGGUCUUAACGAUAGAUAUUUACAGUAAACUUUCUAAAAAUAAAUUGUAAAUUAGGUUCAAAAUGGACUUUGUAAAAAUUUCUAUUGGAUUUUUCUAUUAUUUUCUGGAACCUUUCUUGAGAACUGAAGUGUAAUUGCUGCAUUUGUAUUAGAUGUCGGACUCCCUUAAAAACUUCAAGUACCUGACCUGCAAGUCUUUACUAAAGGAGAUACCGAUCACAAUAUAUCAGUGGUACAACCUCCCAGUGUAGUGAUAUUGUAGUUAGUGACUUGAUAGACAGUGCAUACUUAUUAUAAGCAUGAGGAGUGCUGUCAUUUUCUGCGGAUUUGCUCAAUAAAGAGUACAGCAUGAAUCAUCAAACUACAAAAAGAGCACAUUAAAACUUCAGCCAAUAUCACAGGACAUACUAAGCUAUUUGUAUCUGGAAAAAGCCAAGUUUACUAUGUUUCUUUAUUAAAUAAAUAAGGAUAACACAUA